UCCACAUGCAGGGUUUGCCGACGUCAUCAGACUGCGUCGCUUGUAGUCAUGCUGCUCUUGCUGGGUGUUCGCUGGCUGGAACGUUAGUGCCUGCAGUGGCCGGCGGCUUCUAUAGACCGGUGUAUGCGGCCUCCCCGCCAUGUACAGGCAGAGGGUGUCUUCGUUGGCCAGAUGCUGCUUUCAGGCAUCUACUCGCAGCCUGCAGUCUCCUACACAGCGCGGCAGUGGGGUCCUCAGCUCGCUGACAGGAUGGUCGAGGACACGCUCCCUGUGCAGACCUCUCUCUAGUGAUAACGAGAAGCGCCUGGACACCUCAUUAUUCAUCCCUGUGGAGCUUAAAAAUACCGAAAGCCCGGAGUCAGACAUUGGAGCUGAACUGACCCAGCCUCUUAAUAAGAGUGAAGUUCUGAACAUUUUAAACAAGUUUUACAGAAGAAAAGAAAUACAGAAAUUGGCUGCGGAGAAUGGUUUGGAUGCUCGUCUGUUUCAUCAAGCCUUUAUCAGCUUUAGAAGAUACGUUAUGGAAACGGACACUUUGCAAGUAGAUCUUCACAUCGUCUUGAAUGAUAUCUGCUGUGGAGUUGGUCACAUGGAUGACAUUUUCCCAUUCUUCAUGAGGCACGCUAAACAGGUCUUCCCGAUGCUGGAUUGUAUCGAUGAUCUCCGAAAAAUAAGUGACUUGAGAUUACCUCCUAAUUGGUAUCCUGAAGCAAGGGCCAUUCAGCGCAAAAUAAUUUUUCAUUCUGGACCUACAAACAGUGGCAAAACGUACCAUGCGAUCCAGAGAUACUUGAGUGCCAAGUCUGGGAUAUAUUGUGGCCCGUUAAAACUGCUUGCACAUGAGAUCUACAAGAAGAGCAACGAUGCGGGUGUUUCUUGUGAUUUAAUAACCGGGGAGGAGCUGAUACAUGUUGAUCCUGAAGGAAAGCCCUCAGCACACGCAGCGUGCACAGUAGAGAUGUGCAGUGUGAACACGCCUUAUGAGGUAGCUGUGAUAGAUGAAAUUCAGAUGGUAAGAGAUCCUGGUAGAGGGUGGGCUUGGACAAGAGCACUUCUAGGGCUUUGCGCACAAGAAAUCCAUCUAUGUGGCGAGGCGGCUGCUAUUCAUUUAGUGACAGAACUGAUGUACACCACGGGUGAAGAAGUAGAGGUACGGAAUUACGAAAGAUUGACUUCUCUUAAACUUUUGGAUCAUGCACUUCAGUCACUGAAUAACCUCAGGCCUGGCGACUGUAUAGUUUGUUUCAAUAAGAAUGACAUCUUUUCUGUCAGCCGGCAGAUCGAGGCGCGUGGAUUAGAAUGUGCUGUCAUCUAUGGCAGCCUACCUCCAGGGACAAAAAUCGCACAGGCAAACAAGUUUAACGACCCAGAUGAUCCGUGCAAAAUCCUGGUGGCCACAGAUGCAAUUGGAAUGGGACUGAACUUGAGCAUAAAGAGAAUAAUUUUCAAUUCCUUGGUAAAACCAACAGUCAAUGAGAAAGGAGAAAAAGAGAUUGAUACCAUCACUACUUCCCAGGCUCUGCAAAUAGCAGGUAGAGCUGGCAGGUUCAGCUCCUUGUUUAAGGAAGGUGAAGUUACCACCAUGGUCCAGGAAGAUCUACCUCUGCUGAAGGAAAUUCUGAACAAACCGGUCAAUGAUAUCCAGGCUGCAGGGUUGCAUCCCACAGCAGAGCAGAUUGAGAUGUUUGCUUACCAUUUGCCCGAUGCUACUCUUGCUAACCUCAUAGACAUAUUCGUCAGUCUCUCUCAAGUGGACGGACUUUAUUUCGUGUGCAAUAUUGAGGAUUUUAAAUUUGUAGCUGACAUGAUCCAGCAUAUCCCGUUAAACUUAAGGGCACGUUAUGUGUUUUGCACUGCUCCCAUAAACCGCAAUCUGCCAUUUGUUUGCACUUCACUACUAAGGUUUGCUCGUCAGUUCAGCAGGAAUGAGCCCCUUACCUUCCAAUGGGUUUGUAAGCAUGUCCACUGGCCUGUUUCCCCUCCAAAAACCAUCAAAGAUCUGAUGCAUCUAGAAGCUGUACAUGACAUCCUUGAUCUUUAUCUGUGGCUAAGUUAUCGCUUCAUGGAUAUGUUUCCGGAUGCUGGACUUGUCAGGGCUAUUCAGAGAGAGCUGGACUGUAUCAUUCAGGCAGGCGUUCAUAGCAUCACCAAACUCAUAAGAGCCUCGGAAAGCAGGACAGCUCUUCAGAUAGUCGGUGAAGCAUCUACGGAGUCAGAAAAUGCUUUGGAUGUCACCACAAUACCUGUACCUAGGAGAAUCAGGGGAACCAAGUCGCUUCCAUCAAAUUCUGAACGACAGAAAGGAUCUCUUACAUCUAGACUGGUUCAGGAUGGACUCCUUACACCAGACAUGUUAAAACAGCUGGAGAAGGAAUGGAUGUCUCGUCAGCACACUCGUGGAACCCAGACCAGAUUAAAUGAACUGGACAUUGUAAAAAAGAACAGAAAGAAGAAAUAGUAUCAUAGAUCAUUUAGACUUUUAUAUUUUAUUAUUGUAAAAUAAAAACAAAACAAAAAAAUGUUGUACAG